CUCAGCAGUUGUGUGGGAGAGAGCGCUAGUGUAUAUUUUGUGAAUUUAUAUUAUUAAACCUGGGGACCCUAACCCCCGCCACACUCUGAUUAUGGAGUGUAUGGUGAGAAUAGGAGUCCUAUUGACCCUACUAGGGUUGUCUACAGCUCAACGUAAAAACGAAGUUUUCUUUGUAAAUGUGGAGGAGGGAUUCUUUGGCUGCCAAGUCAAUGCUUCCUCCGAAUUCCUCCAAAUUUUCACAAUCUCCAAACUCUGUGAUGGAGUAUCCGACUGUUAUAAAGGAUCUGACGAGGAUCAAAAAGAAUUAAAAUGCUCAAAUAACUGCCUAUACACAACUGGGCGACGAUGUAUGAAUGGAGCCUGCCUGGAUUCUCAAUGCUAUUGUAACGAUGGCUGGGGAGGUAAAGGAUGUUCAAUGCCGGAUGAAAAUGAAUGUAAAUACAGGCCAUGUGAUGUAUUUGCUCACUGUACCAAUACUAUUGGAUCCUAUUCCUGUUCCUGCUUCCCAGGAUACACAGGGGAUGGAAGAUCUUGUAAAGAUAUUGAUGAGUGUGCAGUACCUGCCCUUGCGGAGAAAUGUGUGGCGAAUGCCGAAUGUUGCAAUCUCCCGGCGGAAUAUAUUUGCAAAUGCAAACCUGGCUUCGAAGGAGAUGGAUUAGUCGAGUGCCUAGAUAUCGACGAAUGCCUGCUACCUGGAUCUUGUGGUGUGAACGCCCUCUGCUCCAACUAUGCCGGGAACUAUACCUGUACAUGCCAGGAGGGAUACGCCGGCAACCCAUACGACGGGUGUGUGGAUAUUGACGAGUGUCGGAGUAGUCCCUGCGGCGAAGGAGCCCGCUGCAUAAACCAGUUUGGAGGAUUUGUCUGCGAAUGCCCAUCAGGUAGCAAAGGUGACCCAUAUACCAGCUGUGGAGCACAGAACGCCUGUAGUUCAAAUCCAUGUGGACUAAACGCAAGAUGCUAUCAGGAGGGAGGUUUCACGCGAGGAUAUAGGUGUGAGUGCCCUCAGGGAUUCACAGGCAAUCCGACACAACAAUGCAUAGAUAUUGAUGAAUGUAUAAGAUCCCCCUGUGGAAAGCAUGCUACCUGUGUAAAUACCGAAGGAAGUUACCAAUGCGCUUGUGAACAAGGACUCACUGGUGACCCAUUUACUGGCUGCUCUGACACAGACGAGUGCAGCGCACACGCCAAUCCUUGCGGGUCAGGCGCAGUUUGCCGCAACACAAAUCCAGGAUUUGUCUGUGAGUGCCCUCCAGGAUUUAGCGGUAACGGUAGAACCGGGUGCGAGGCAACUGAAGUUCGAACAUUGUGCAAAACUAAUUUCGACUGCACCAAUAAUGCUCAAUGCAUCAAUGGCGAGUGCUCAUGCCGCCCUGGAUUUACUCCGAAAGGAACACUUUGUCUUGAUAUUGAUGAAUGUGCCGCUACACCUGGAAUUUGCGGCACAAAUGCAGCGUGCCGUAACACUCCGGGAUCUUUUUCCUGUUCCUGCCUCUCCUCCUUCAUGGGGAACCCUCCCAAUGUUCCUUGUCGGGAACCCUGUCAGGGGGUCACCUGUAGUGAUCAUGCUUUCUGCAGACCUGAACAAAAUGAGGCGUACUGUGUGUGUGAGGAUGGGUGGACCUAUGAUCCUAAGAACUUGAAAGCAGGAUGUAUUGAUGUUGAUGAGUGCGCUGCUAAUAGUUGUGGAGAGAACAGUAUCUGUACUAACACCAAGGGAUCAUUUAUUUGCCAGUGUAAACCAGGGUUUACAGGCAAUCCUCUUGUUAGAUGCAUAGAUAUUGACGAAUGUAGAAACCCAGCAACCUGUGGGUUUGGAGUCUCCUGCCAGAAUACACCGGGCUCAUAUCAAUGUGCUUGUCCGUCAGGUUCUGUCGUAUCCCCUGACCGGCCUGGAGAGUGCUUGGCGGUCAAACAGUGUGCCCAGAAUGAUGACUGUCCUGGAAAUGCUUUCUGUUCAGUGGAAAAGGUCUGCAACUGCCCAGAACCUAACCAAGGACCUAAUUGUGAAAGUCCGUGUACAAAUGUGUUCUGUGCUGCCAACUCCCAGUGUACUUUGGUGAAUGGAGAACCAAGGUGUAUGUGUCAUCAAGGUUACCAGCCUGCCGGUCAAGGGAAACCUGGAUGCAUUGACAUCAAUGAGUGUCUAGGAAACCCAUGUGGAAAGGGUGCAUUUUGUGAGAACACUCAGGGCAAUUAUAGAUGUUCUUGUCCCAAGGGACAAAAUGGAGAUCCCAAUGUUAUAUGUCAAGGAGAAAUUGAAGCAGUUCAGUGCUCUGACUCCAAACCAUGUCCCCAGGGGGAAUUAUGCUCCCAAGGAAAAUGUGUUUGUCAGAGGGGCUUUCAAAGAGAGUCCUCUGGUCUCUGUAGAGAUAUCAAUGAAUGUGCUCUUGCCACCUCUGAGAAGCCUGUCUGUGGAUUGAAUGGAUUCUGUAAGAAUCUACCAGGAAGUUAUGACUGUGAGUGUCCCCCUGGAUAUAAUGGAAAUCCAUUUCAGUCUUGUGAUCGAUGCAAUGGACCUGAUUGCGGAUGCCAGGCUCCUUAUUCGCAGGUUGGAGAAAACUGUGUGCUUGCUGGAUGUAAGAAUAAGGGAGACUGCUCUGAGGGAGCUGAAUGCAUAAGCAUAGCAGGAGGGGUCAGUUAUUGUGCCUGUCCUGCUGGUUUCAAUGUUCAUCCUGAUGGUUCCUGUGUUGAUAUUGAUGAAUGUCAGGCCACAUCAAGACCCUGUGGAUUUGGAGCGUUGUGUGAAAAUAAGGUUGGAUCAUUCAGCUGUGUUUGUCCAAGAGGAACUACUGGAGAUCCAUACUCUGGAUUGUGUUCAGCUAACCAGGCACAAUGCUCUAGAGAUAGGGACUGUCGACCAAAUGAGAAGUGUGUUGAACCAGGGCAGUGUAUCUGUCCACCUCCAUACUUUUCUGACACUACAGAUGGUGGAAAGUGUAAGAGUCCCUGUGAAAGAUUUCAGUGUGGUAUAAAUGCUGAAUGCUCUCCCACAAAUCCACCCCAGUGCCUAUGUAAGACUGGAUAUUCUGGAAACCCAUUAACUGGAUGUCAGGAUGUAGAUGAAUGUGCUGGAAAUGUCUGUGGUCCUGAUGCAAGAUGUUUAAAUGAACCCGGAAGCUAUAAAUGUCAAUGCCCCAAAGGAACCAAAGGAGAUCCAUACCUUCAAGGAUGCAAAGGAACACCAGCAAAAUCUGAAUGCCAGAGUGACAAAGAUUGCCCUGGACAGCUUGCUUGUCAAGCUUCAGUUUGCAUAAACCCCUGUUCUUCUCUACCAUGCGGAGAGAAUGCAGUUUGUAUUCCAGAAGAUCAUGCAGCUUGGUGCAGAUGUAAGGCAGGAUAUGAAGAGAACCAAAAAGGAAAAUGUACAUCCAUGUGUGAAAAUGUUAUAUGUGGAAUCAAUGCACAAUGCAUAAUUUCACCACAGGGUCCAACAUGUGCCUGUUCUCAAGGAACAAUUGGAAAUCCGUUUCCCGGAGGAAGCUGUGUCCCUGAAAUUUGUUCAGCUGCCAACCCAUGUCCUCAACCCUUAUCUUGUGUUUCUGGAAAGUGUAGGGAAAGAUGUGACCAAUCGUCAUGUGGAAUAAAUGCUGCUUGUGAUGCUGAUACUAAUAAAUGCUUCUGUCAAGAGGGAUUUGUUGGAGAUGGAAAUUUCCUUUGCAUGCCACCAAUUCUUCCUCCCAUCUGUGCCCCAGGAUGUGGAGCAAAUAGUCAUUGUAUUUACAGUGUUCCAAACCAGUGUGUUUGUAAUGAGGGAUAUACUGGAAACCCUUACCAGGGGUGCUCUACUCCUCUUGAUACCAAGGUUUGCAAAUGUGGAGAGAAUGCUGAAUGUCUAAAAGAAAAUGGCGAUCAAGAAUGUUCUUGUAAAAUUGGAUUCUCUGGAAAUCCCUUUGUUGGAUGUAAUGAUAUAAAUGAAUGUUCAGACAAUAUUUGUGGAAAGAAUGCUGUUUGCAUCAACACAAUUGGAAGCUAUGACUGCAGGUGCCAAACAGAAUUCAGAGGAAAUCCAUUUGAGGCUUGUUUCCCUGAGGAACCCCUGGUAGGAGACCUUUGUGAUUCAGUUCAAUGUGGACCCAAUGCUGUUUGUGCUGCUGGACAGUGCCUGUGUCAACCUGGCUUUAAAGGAGAUGCAGAGGAUUUAGUUAAUGGUUGCAAAUCAUCCACCUGUAGCAACAAUCUUGAUUGUGGUUACAAUGAAAUUUGUCAGUCAGUGAAAGGAUCCUACAGAUGUAUUGAUGCUUGCAGUAAUAUACAGUGUGGACCUAACUCUAGAUGUGUUACAGACAACCACCACAGCACUUGUAUCUGUUCAGAAGGGUUUGCUGGAAAUCCACUUAUCCCAAGAGAAGGAUGCUCAAAGGAAGUCACAUGUAAGAAACAAGAGGACUGCCCACCAGAACAUGUUUGCAGCAUCAAUAUAAGUGGUAAGCGCUCAUGUGUCAAUCCCUGUAAGAUCAUGUCUUGUGGAAAUUUUGAAAUAUGCUCUGUAAAGGACAACAAACCCAACUGCCAUUGUUCUUCAACUCAUGUGAGAAAUCCUUUGACAGGAUUGUGUGAACUUGCAUCAGUACCAUCCUGUACUGACAGUAAUCAAUGUGGACCUGACCAAGUAUGCCAAGCAGAUUCUCUUGGAGUUCUCCGCUGUACUGCUGUAUGUCAGCUGUUCAACUGCCCUCCCAAUUCUCUGUGUAGAGCCACAAAUCAUCAAGGAUUUUGCCAAUGUUUGAAUGGGUUUACAGGAAAUCCUAAUGACAGAACUGGAUGUUCCUUGAUAUCACGAGAUCAAUGCGUUUCAGAUGCUCAGUGUUCAGAGGAGGAGGUUUGUAGCCUUGCCACAAGAAAGUGCAUACCUGCAUGCAAUAAAAUUAACUGUGGACCCCAAGCUGUAUGUAUUACCCAGAAUCAUGUGCCCAAAUGUACUUGUCCGCCUGGAAAAUUUACAGGAGACCCAAAUGAUUUGAUAAAUGGUUGUAGGGCGGUUAGUUGUCUAGGCAAUGCUGACUGUCCACCCACCAAGUUUUGUGACAGGCUUUCCUACACCUGUAUGGAUGUUUGCACAUCAGACACAUGUGGCCUAAAUGCUGUAUGCCUACCUGAACAGCAAAAACCAAAAUGUUCCUGUCCCCCUGGAACAAAACCCGAUCCCUUGGCUGAAGUAAAGUGUUCUGUCCUGGAUAAUUGUUCUACUCGCCCCUGUCAUCAGUCUGCUAUAUGUAUCACCAGUGCUAUAGGUUACACCUGUUCCUGUCACCAAGGACAAGUAGGAGAUCCCUAUAAUACUGGAUGCUUUCCAGAGGGAAGUUGUCCAAAUGGGGAUAAAGACUGUCCUGGAAAAAGUAUUUGUGUUGAUAGCAAGUGUAAAAAUAUUUGUUAUGACUCCUGUGGACCAAAUACUGAAUGCAGCAUAGUCAACAGACAAGCACAGUGUCAAUGCCUAAAAGGAUUUAUUCCAAGUCCCCUAGAUUCUCGGACCUGUAUAAGAGACAGCCAAGGAUGUAAAACAGACACAGACUGUUCUGGUUCUACCUGUCAAAAUGGACAGUGUAGGUUUGCCUGCAGAAGUCCCAGUGAUUGUCUGAUAGGUGAACAGUGUACUGACAGCAUGUGCAUGAUUUCUUGUAUUUCAAGUCAACAGUGCCCCAGUAACCAAGUUUGUUCAUCUGGUAUAUGUCAGAUUGGAUGCAGAUCCAAUGAAAACUGUCCUGCAUCUGAGGUGUGCAUAAACUUCCAGUGUAUAAAUCCAUGCAACAAGGAAGGAGCUUGCGGGCCAAAUGCUGAGUGCAGAGUUUCUGGGAAGAAUGUUGAAUGUUCCUGUCCAGUGGGAUUUGCAGGAGUACCAACUCCUCAGCAGGGCUGUGUUAGGAUUCCAUCUAGGUGCCCAAGUGGAACAUGUCAACCAGAACACUUGUGUCAAGGAGGUAUGUGUCACUUUCAAUGCAAGAUUAAUUCAAACUGUGCCCGUGGGGAAAAAUGCCAAAAUGGUGUUUGUGUGAAAGUGUGCCACUCUGACAGAAAUUGUCUUCAAGGAGAAAUCUGCAUAGACAGCACCUGCCAACCAGGUUGUAACAAGGAAGAGGACUGUAGACCGGGAGAAGUAUGUCAAAAUGGAAACUGUAUCUGUGAUGUUGGAUUCAUCAGUACCCCAGCAGGGUGUCAAGAUAUCAAUGAGUGUGAAAAUUCAAUUUGUCAUCCAUCUGCAACUUGCUCUAAUGUUCCUGGCUCAUUUAAGUGUAUAUGCCCUCCAGGUCUGGUAGGAGAUCCUUUUGUAAAAGGAUGUACUAGGCCAAAUGAGUGCACAACCAACAAUGACUGUAAGCCUACUCUUGCUUGUAUGUUAGAUGAAAGUGGAUUCAGAAAAUGUAUAAAUCCCUGUGAGAGAUCACAGUGUGGUCCAAACUCUAACUGUGAGGUUCAAGAUCACACACCAUUCUGUAGAUGCUUUGAUAAACAUGUUGGCAAUCCAAGCUCUCCAUUGGGAUGCACAAAGGUUGAGUGUGAAUCAAAUAAUGAUUGUAGUGAAGACAAAGUGUGCCAGGUUGCUAAUAACCGUUGUAUUGAUGCAUGCACACUUGUGAACUGUGGCAAAGGAACAUGUUCUGCUGUCAAUCAUACACCUGAGUGUAGAUGUGAGCCUGGGUUUAUCUUUUCUGUAAACCAAUGCGUUGAUAUUGAUGAAUGUCAGAAUAAUCCUUGUGAACCAACAGCCCUAUGCACAAACACAGUUGGAGCUUACCAAUGUAGAUGUCCGCCAGGAACAGUGGCUGACCUUAAUGGAAAAUGCCAACCGUCAGACCAGUGCCUAAGUGAUAAUGAAUGCCCAUCAACUGCCACAUGUAACAAUGGCAAGUGCCAAAAUCCUUGUGAGAUUCCAGGAUCUUGUGGUGCUGAUGCGAUCUGUACUCCGGUCAAUCAUAAUCCAAUGUGUUCAUGUCCUGCUAGAACAAAGGGCAAUCCCAAUGUGAGAUGUACCCCAUUGGAAUGUGUUAGCAACUCUGACUGUACCUCUGAAAGGACUUGUGUUAGGAACAAGUGUGUGGAUGUUUGCAGCCUUCCCAAUGUAUGUGGACAGAACACUGAAUGUAAAGCCACAAAUCAUGUGUCACGAUGUUUCUGUAAGCCAGGUUUCACUGGAGAUCCAACCCUGGGUUGCACUCAACUCCAGUUGUGUACAGCAGAAGAACAGUGUCCCUCUGGAAUGCUUUGUAGUUUUGGUAUUUGCUCUCCUCCUUGUAAAUCAUCACGAGAGUGCCUUGACAACCAAAUCUGUGUUGGAGGAACCUGCGCCUCCAAAUGUCAAGAUUCAUCUCAAUGCCCCCUGCUCCACAGCUGCCAGAAUGGAUUCUGUGUUCAGGAGUCAAGAUGCUCCACAGAUGUUGACUGUGGGGAGCAAGACACAUGCAUAGGACGUGACAAUGGUCUAUUUGAAUGUGAAGAUGUGUGCAGCGGCCCAGUCAUUUGUGGCAGGAAUGCUAUCUGCACCUCCAAGUCCCACAAGGCGGUUUGUACUUGUCCGGAUGGAUUUUUUGGAAAUCCAAAUGAUGAGAAGGUUGGUUGUCAGAGAAUACAAUGUAGCAAAAAUGGUGACUGUAGAGGGGAUACUGUCUGCUCUAAGAACCUAUGCAUUCAACCCUCUGUUUCAGGAUCUUGUACUUCUAACAGCGGCUGUGCAUCUAACGAGGUCUGUGAAAGGGGAGACUGUAAUGAUCCCUGCACAGACAAAAGAACAUGUGGUCUGAAUGCCCAGUGUGCGGUCACAAACCACAACAAGGUCUGUUCUUGCCCGCCAGAUUUUACAGGAAACCCUGCUGUGGAAUGUGUUCGCAUCCCGUCCACAUGUUAUGCAAACACAGACUGCCCUGAAACCAUGGCAUGCACAGAGGGUAUCUGCAUGCCGUCAUGCCAGACUGAUGAUAACUGUGCAUUGAAUGAGAGGUGCCUUCAAGGACUCUGUAUGCUGACAUGUCGUGUUGACAAUGACUGUUUCUUGGGUCACGUUUGUUUGAACAAGAUGUGCGUUGUCGGUUGCAGAGCUAAUACUGACUGUCCAGAGUCUAACACUUGUAUAAACAACAGGUGUGUGGAUCCAUGCACAGUAGACGCUUGUGGACCUAAUGCAAACUGCCAGGUAGUGAACCAUCGAGCCCAAUGCUCCUGCCCCCCAGCAUAUAUUCCCAACCCUACCCCUGUAGUUGGAUGUGUGAAACAACCAGUUUCUUGUUCAUCUAACGCACAGUGCCCUGAGAGACAGGUCUGUGAUGGUAAGUUCUGUAAGAAUGUUUGUUUCAACGACAAAACCUGUUUGGUCAAUGAGGUCUGCGAUAAUGGAGUCUGUAAACCCCUCUGCAGACAUGACGAUGACUGUAACAGCGAAGAGAUAUGCCAAGGCGUGACCUGCGUGCUUGGAUGUCGUUCGGCACAGACCUGCGGGGCUAACCAAGCCUGUAUGGAUAAUCAGUGCAGCGACCCAUGCUCAUCCAACAUUGCCUGUGGAACUAACGCCCUCUGUAGUGUUGAAAACCACCUACCAGUCUGUAAAUGUCCUCUAGGCUUAAGUGGUGACCCCACCAAGUCAUGUACUCAGCCUAUUGUCAAAUGCUCUGCCAGCUCUGACUGCGCCGCUGGAUCAACUUGUGUGGAUGGGUUGUGUGCUUCUACCUGUGAGGACAGCAGUUCAAGCUGUCUACUUAACGAAGUGUGCGUGAGUGGCAGCUGUAGAAUAGUUUGUAACUCUAACUCAGAAUGUGGAACAGAUCAAGUCUGCAAAGAUAGAUUCUGCGUAGCAGGUUGCACUUCUGAUAAUGAUUGUGGAUCAACUGAAGCCUGUAUACAGAACCAAUGUCAAGAUGCGUGUGCCUCGCGUAGAUGUGGGUCCUGUGCCGACUGUACUGUCUCUAACCAUAAACCGGUUUGUACCUGCCCAGACAACAUGGUUGGAAACCCGACCCAGGCAUGCUCCGGUCAGCUUAGGCUCUGCAGUCCACUUUUUCCUUGCCCACCAGGGUCAGAUUGCCAGAGUGGUGUGUGUACAACCAGCUGUAGUAGCAACGCUAACUGUAGAUGUGGAGAACAGUGUACAGAAGGAAUUUGCAGACAGGAGUGUACUGCAGGCGUAUCAUGUACUCAGGGUCAUCUUUGCCGUGGUGCUGUCUGUGUUCCCGGAUGUCAAACCAACGCUGACUGCGGUCAAGACUCUCACUGCCUUGGCGGUCAAUGCUCUGACCCCUGUACUAGUCCAUCAAGUGGAUGCGCAGCUUCGGCUGAAUGUCGCGUCUCUAACCACAGAGCUGUCUGUAUCUGCCCACAGGGCCUACAGGGAAAUCCCGCAAUCGAGUGUAAGCGCGUUGAGUGUACACAAGAUGGCGACUGUGAAUCUAACAAGCAAUGUAAGGAGGGCUCUUGUAUUAACCCUUGCGCUCUACCCAACGCCUGUGGAGUUAAUGCCCAAUGCAAAACCAUACGCCAUGCGAAAGACUGUUCCUGUCCCAAUGGCUUCAUUGGAAAUCCUAAUAUUGAAUGCGCCAAGGACAAGAACCACUGUUUGUCAAAUCCCUGCGGUGCCAAUUCUAUCUGCCAGUCUCUUGUUGGUGGAUAUGACUGCAGGUGUAAGACAGGAUGCACUGGUGACCCCUUUACAGGAUGUCUAUGCGGAGGUCCCCUAGUUGACCCUUGUUCUGGUGCUGUCUGUGGACUUGGAGCAGAGUGCAGGGUACAGUUGAAUCAGGCUGUCUGUAUCUGCCCGGAAUCUGCCCCGAAUGGAGAUCCUUUGGUGGAAUGCAACAAGGACAAAGUUGGACAGUGUUCAUCUGACUCUGAUUGCUCUGCCGAUCUAUCCUGUGCAUCUGGUAAAUGUAUUGACCCCUGUAGUCUCCGGGCUGCAUGCGGAGAAAACGCUCUCUGCUCUGUCGUUCUUCACAAACCUAGGUGUGAAUGUCCUCAAUGCUAUGUUGGUCGUCCUCAUGUGAGGUGCAGACCUUCAAAUGAUUGUGAUAAUGUUCCGACCAGACCCCAGGUAGCAGAGAGGGAGGACUGUCAAGAUGAUACUGAUUGUUCUGAUAGCACAGCCUGUGUCAAGUCAACCGGACAAUGUCUAAAUCCCUGUUCCAGCAAGUCCUGCGACCUCAAUAAGCAAUGCAUUGUCACCAACCACAAGCCCCAAUGCCAAUGCAAGUACAGUCUAGUGAUCAACCAAGAAGGAGCCCUCACAUGUCCUGACCGUCAAGUUGAAUGCCGACAAGACAACGAUUGCCCAUCCAACCAAGCCUGCGACCAGGGACGGUGCAAGAACCCGUGUGACAACCAGCGUAUAUGUCCUUCAGGGAAAGACUGCCAGGUGUUGAAUCACAAGGCGACCUGUGUGUGUAUCGAAGGAUGUAAUCCCUCUGUCUCUAUCUGUCUAAAAGAUCGAGGCUGCCCUCCUCAUCAGGCCUGCGUCAACUUCCAAUGCAAGAACCCCUGCGAUGAUAUAACCUGUCCAGAUAACACCCCCUGCGAAGUGGAGAACCACAAAGCAGUAUGUAAAUUCUGUCCUGAGGGUUUUAUCAUAGAUGCCAACUAUGGAUGUAUCAAAGGAGUUGGAUGUAGAAGCAACAGUGAAUGCCCAUCAAAGCAGGCCUGCACAAACAGCAAAUGUGCAAAUCCUUGUACAGUGGGAAAAUGUUUGCCAAACCAGGAUUGUGAAGUUGUGACACACAGAGCUCAAUGUAUUGACGUUCCCAGAUGUGAGUGCACCAGUUCCAGGGACUGUCCCUCCACGUCCUUCUGUCGUGACUGUGAAUGUGUCCCAGACACAGACGCACAGACAUGUGAUCCUUAUGAGGGCUGCACAGACGAAUGUUCUGAGAACGCUGAGUGUAAGGAUGACGAGUACUGUGACCGUAACAAGGGAUCCUGUGUGCCCGUUUGCCCGGGAUUCUGUGGUCAGAAUUCAGAUUGUAGAUCUGCUAACCAUAAUCCAAUAUGCUCCUGUCAACCAGGUUUCUCUGGAGACCCUGAUGUUGGUUGCAGUGUGAUCCGUCCUCCCUCCAACCCCUGUAUUCCAUCACCCUGCGGCUCUGAUGCACUUUGCGAGGUGGAUCGUGGAAACCCUAUCUGUUCCUGUCCACGUGGUAAAACCGGAAAUCCAUUUGUCCGCUGUAUCCCUGACGGAGAGAAGUGUACCGGCAACCUAUGCGGACCUAACUCAGGCUGCAGAAUGCUGGGAGAUAGGCCUGUUUGCUACUGUCUCCCCAGAUUUGAAGGAAAUCCGCCUGCUAUUCCCUGUAUGAAGCCUGCUAAACAGUGCAAACCCAACCCUUGUGGAUCCAAUACGGAGUGUGUUGUUGUAAACAACGUACAACGGUGUACAUGCAAGCUAGGAUACAGAGAAGCAGUUAAUACAAUUCAGGGUUGUGUACCUAUAGUAGAACCAGUUCUAGCUCUCUGUGAACCUGGACCAUGUGGUGACAACGCUGAGUGUGAGAUAACUGAUAUCGGAGAGGAUUGUACUUGUAAACCCGGAUAUACUGGGAACCCGUUCCAGGGAUGUACUCUACAGAACCCCUGUACACCUUCACCUUGUGGACCCAACACGGAGUGUGCCGAGAAUAGAGCCGGCCAGGUCGUCUGCUCUUGCAGGAGUGGCUACCAAGGUGACCCAACCUCCCAGCAAGGCUGUAAAGCUGAAUGCCUUGAUAACUCUGCCUGUGCUCCAAGUCUGGCUUGUAUUGGAUCCAAGUGCCUUGAUCCCUGCCCCGGCAGCUGUGGGGUGUUUGCGGUGUGUAGAGUUGAGGAUCAUAAUCCAAUAUGUUCCUGCUCACAGGGAUUCUCAGGAGAUCCAUUUACUAGAUGUUUACAGACACCACCUACUCCUCAACCAUCCCUACCAGAGGACCCCUGUAAUCCAUCUCCGUGUGGAACUAACACUCAGUGCAGAGUUCAAGGAAAUAGGGCAAUAUGCACAUGUAUUAGAGACUACCAGGGUGACCCUACUGUUGGUUGUAGACCUGAAUGUUUAUUAAACUAUGACUGUUCUCCGGACAAAGCUUGUGUAAAUUCUAAAUGUGUUGACCCCUGUCCAGGAGCCUGCGGUAUAAAUGCUGAGUGUCAGGUGCUAAACCACAAUGCUGUUUGUGUCUGCAAGGAUAGAUAUUAUGGAGAUCCAUUCCAGCAGUGCUCUCUGACACCUGGAGUUAUAAACCCUCCUGAACCCUCUGACCCCUGCUCUCCAUCCCCCUGCGGUCCAAACUCGGAAUGUCGUAUAACCGAAAGUCGACCUGUCUGCAGCUGUAAGCCUGGUUACUACGGUGCUCCUCCUAGCUGCCGACCAGAGUGUGUCAGCAACUCUGACUGUCAGCAAUCUCUAGCGUGUAUAAACCAGCGGUGUGUGAGCCCCUGUGUGGGUGUAUGUGGUAUUAGUGCUAAGUGUGAUGUGGUAAACCACAAUCCUAUCUGUAGUUGUCCGACAGGAUAUAUUGGAGAUCCGUUCUCAGCUUGUAACAGAAGACCGGAUGUGGAGCCACCAAGACCUGUCUCGGAUCCUUGUGAACCAAGUCCCUGUGGAUCAAGAGCCAACCACGAGGUUAGGAAUGGAAUCUGCGUCUGCUCCUGUCCUGAUGAUCUUUUUGGAGACCCGUACCUAGGCUGUAGACCGGAGUGUCUUCUGAACUCUGAUUGCAGCAAAUCCCAAGCUUGUGUACAAAACAAAUGCAUGGAUCCAUGCAUUGAUACAUGUGGAAUUAAUGCAGAAUGCACUGUUUUAAAUCAUGUACCAACAUGUACAUGCCAGAGGAGUUACACUGGAAAUGCAUUUGAAGAAUGUCAUAAGCAACCCGAAGGAGUUAUAUCAGAAGAAGAUCCAUGUGGUAACAAUUUCUGUGGCUCAUUCUCUGAACAGCGCGUAGCUGGGAACCAAUGUAUAUGUACUUGUCAGACAGGAUAUUUUGGUUCUCCUCCCAAUUGUAGACCAGAGUGUGUGGUUAGCUCCGAGUGCUCUCAGGAUAAGGCUUGUCUCAAUCAACGCUGUGAAGACCCUUGCCCCGGAAGAUGCGGAGUGAACGCCAGAUGUAAUGUGAUAUCCCAUCAUCCUAUCUGUUCUUGUUUACCAGACUAUGAGGGUGAUCCAUUCAGGAAUUGUCAGAAGAAGCCUGCUACAAUCAUUCCACCAAUUCAACCUACUGACCCAUGUUUCCCAAACCCGUGCGGGCCUAAUUCAGCAUGCAGACCACUAGGUUCAACUCCUAUGUGUUCUUGUAACCCAGGCUAUCAGGGAUCUCCCCCGAAUUGUAGACCUGAAUGUGUUAUCAAUGAUGAAUGUCCUAAAACUCAGGCAUGUGUACAGCAGAAAUGCAAAGAACCUUGUGAUGGAGCAUGUGGGUUAAAUGCUGAUUGUACUGUAAGAAACCAUUUAGCUAUCUGCAAAUGUCGUCCGGGAUAUGAUGGAGAUCCAUUUCGACAGUGCACCAAGGUCCCUGAAGUCAUUCAGCCCAUUGAAGCCCCCAGAGAUCCCUGCUACCCCAGCCCCUGCGGAGCCAAUGCUGAAUGUCAAUCCAACCAGCGCGCCGCUAGCUGCACCUGCAUCAGGGGUUACUUUGGAGAUCCCUACUCUCAGUGCAGACCUGAAUGUACAACCAAUACUGAAUGCCCAGCUAACAAAGCAUGUAGUAAUCUUAAAUGUGUUGACCCUUGCAUUAACAUCUGUGGGGUAGAUGCUAGAUGUCAGGUUAUAAAUCAUAUUGCAACCUGUACAUGCAACCCUGGAUACAGAGGAGAUCCUUUUAGACAGUGUUCACAGAUACCGGUUGAACCUGUAGUGGAGGAACCUACUGAUCCUUGCUACCCAAAUCCAUGUGGUCCUAACAGUGAGUGUAGACCGGAAGGAAGUAGACCAGUUUGCUCUUGUUUACUGGGAUAUUUUGAUUCUCCACCAAACUGCAGACCAGAAUGCUUACUCAGUUCGGAUUGUCCUUUGAGCCAAGCUUGUGUACAGAAUAAGUGUAAAGAUCCCUGCCCUGGAACAUGUGGAGCCAAUGCUGAAUGCAAGGUUGUUAACCAUAACCCCAUCUGCAGCUGUCCUAACAGAUAUACUGGAGAUCCCUUCUUCAAUUGUAUAAAAGAACCUGAGGUUUACCUACCCCCACCUCAGCCUCAUAUACCCUGUGUACCCUCACCUUGUGGACCUAAUGCCAUGUGUAGAGAGGUCAAUGGCCAUGAAGCAUGCACAUGUAUUCAAGGGUAUAUUGGUAGUCCUCCGAACUGUAGACCAGAGUGUGUGCUAAAUGCAGAAUGCCCAAGUAACAAGGCUUGUAUCCAGAAUCGAUGUGUUGACCCAUGCUCAGGUGCCUGUGGGUACAAUGCUAGAUGUACGGCUGUAAAUCACAAUGCCAUUUGUGUUUGUCCUGCUGGAUAUACUGGUGAUCCAUUCAAUGGUUGUUCCCUGAUCCCUGAAGCUAUUACGAACCCACCAGAAGUUGUUGAUCCCUGCAAUCCUUCCCCUUGUGGAGCAAAUGCUGAAUGUUCCCAGUUUAAUCGAGCUGGAGCAUGCAAGUGUAUUCCUGAGCAUAUAGGUGAUCCAUAUGUUGGAUGCAGACCUGAAUGUUUGAUAAACACAGAGUGUCCAAACCACCUUGCCUGUGUUCAGAAGAAAUGUCAAGAUCCUUGUCCUGGUUCUUGUGGAGUUAAUGCCCAGUGUACAGUAAGAAAUCAUAAUCCCAUCUGUACCUGUAAUCUAGGAUAUUCUGGUGAUCCCCUUUCUUCCUGUCAGCUUAUUCCUGAAGUUGAUCCAAUUGAGGCGGAAACUGAACCCUGUGAUCCGGAUCCUUGUGGGCCAAACAGUCAGCAUAAGGAAAUCAAUGGAGUGUGUGUCUGCUCCUGUUUGCCAACCUACAUUGGAACUCCCCCAGACUGCAGACCAGAGUGUGUGGUAAGCUCUGAUUGUUCUCAGCUUACUGCUUGUCUUGAACAGAAGUGCCGUGACCCGUGCCCAGGAUCUUGUGGUAAUAAUGCUAGAUGUCAAGUGGUCAACCACAAUCCUAUUUGUCAGUGUCCCCCAGGAUACACUGGUGACCCAUUUAGUGGUUGUUCAAAGAUACCAGUGACUGAGCCAACUGUUGUGGAGAGACCUGUUAACCCCUGCCAACCCAACCCCUGUGGACCUUAUUCUCAAUGCAAGAAUUCUCAAGAAAUUGCUGCUUGCUCCUGUCUACCUAAUUACAUUGGAAUACCUCCAAACUGCCGGCCAGAAUGUGUAAUUAAUGCAGAGUGUUCAAAGGACAAGGCUUGCCUUAAUGAGAAAUGUAUCGACCCUUGUCCAGGUUCCUGUGGGCCAAAUGCUGAAUGCCAGGUUGUUAAUCAUCAACCAAUCUGUAAAUGCCCAGUUGGAUACACUGGUGAUCCUUUCAGAGAAUGCAGAAGAGAUGUUCAAACAACUACUGUUAGAACAACUGAAUUUUUGGAUCCAUGUGAACCUACACCCUGUGGUGCUAAUGCACUCUGUAGAUCUCUUAACAGAGCAGGAGCAUGUACUUGUGAGCCAGGAUAUUUUGGUGACCCAUACUUAGCCUGCCGACCAGAAUGUGUUCUUAACCAAGACUGCCCAACUGAUCGAGCUUGUGUCAAUAAUAAGUGUAUUGAUCCUUGCCCAGGAACCUGUGGUAUCAAUGCAAUCUGUAUCACAAAUAGACACAUGCCAGUCUGUACAUGCCUUGAUGGAUAUACAGGAGACGCUAUAACCCAAUGCUCGCUGGUCCCAACUGGAGUACCUGUUGUUGAAGAGCUUGACCCUUGUGAUCCAGAUCCAUGUGGACCCCACAGUCAGAAAAAGGAGCAAAAUGGAGUAUGUGUUUGUUCAUGUGAGCCAGAUAAGAUUGGCUCACCCCCUAACUGUAGGCCUGAAUGCUUGGUUAGCUCUGAAUGUUCUCAAAGCACAGCUUGCAUUGGUCAGAAAUGCCGGGAUCCAUGCCCUGGAUUAUGUGGAAGAAAUGCUGAAUGCCGUGUUACAAAUCACAAUCCAAUAUGUUCUUGUCUAAGGGGGUAUGAAGGAGAUCCAUUUUCUGGGUGCAACAUUAUACCAGUGACCACAGAGCGUGUUACAGCUCCGAUUGUAACAGAUCCUUGUGAGCCUGACCCAUGUGGCAGAUAUGCACAGUGCCGUAAUGUUGGUGAAAUAGCUGCCUGCUCCUGCUUGCCAGGUUAUAUUGGGUCACCGCCCAACUGCAGGCCUGAGUGCUUAAUACACAGUGAAUGUGCUAGUAAUCUAGCUUGCAUUGAUGAAAAGUGUCGUGACCCAUGCCCCGGAGCUUGUGGAUCCGGAGCAGAGUGUUCAGUGAUCAUGCACAAUGCUAUCUGUCGAUGCCAGGCUGGGUUCGAAGGAGAUCCAUUUACCGGCUGCCGGAGGAUUACAACGAUACCACCACCAAGAACUAGCACUCAAAGGAUUGAACCUUGCAACCCUUCACCUUGUGGAACAAAUGCAAGAUGCAUGGAGAGGAAUGGUGCAGCAGCAUGUUUGUGCAUUGAUGGAUACUUUGGAGAUCCAUACACUGAAUGCAGACCAGAAUGCUUAGUGCAUUCUGAUUGUGUAUCUAUAAAAGCAUGCCAGAACAUGAAAUGUAUUGAUCCUUGCAUCUCUGGAAUUUGUGCACCUAAUGCAGUCUGUACUGUUCAAAAUCAUUUUCCCACAUGCACUUGUCCAAAUGGUUACUCUGGAGAUCCAUUCUCAGCAUGUAAACUUAAUCCCCUGCCAACAGAAGCAGUAGUUUCUGAUCCAUGUGAACCCAACCCUUGCGGAUCUAACAGUAACCCACCAAGACAAAUAGGAGGAAGAUGUGAUUGCUCAUGUCAGUCCACUAUGAUAGGAUCACCACCAAAUUGUCGACCAGAAUGUUUGGUUAAUUCUGAAUGUCAAAGUAGCCAAGCCUGCAUUGGAAACCAUUGUGUCGACCCAUGUCCUGGACUUUGUGGAUUAAAUGCUAACUGUAGAGUAACAAAUCAUGUUCCUAUUUGUGUAUGCCAUCCAGGUUUUGAUGGAGAUCCAUUUUCACAGUGCUUUGUUAUUAAUACUACUCCUGCUAAACCUGAAAUAAUUGAUCCUUGUCGUCCAUCUCCUUGUGGGGUAAAUGCUGAAUGCAGAGAACAGAGAGGAGCCGCUUCUUGUACAUGCAUUCAAAAUCUAUUUGGUGAUCCAUAUGUAGAAUGUAAGCCAGAAUGCACUACAAAUCCAGAAUGUAAAUCCGACUUGGCUUGUGUACAGAAUAAAUGUAUUGAUCCUUGCCCAGGGGUAUGCGGAGUGCAUGCAACCUGUAGGGUUAAUUAUCAUACUCCAAGCUGUAUCUGUGAUCCUGGCUAUGAGGGUGAUCCUUUCAGAAGUUGUAACUUCAAAACGACUAUUCCUCCCAGAACAGAAGUUGUAGAUCCCUGCAACCCAACUCCCUGUGGAGAUAAUGCUAUUUGCCAAGCUAGAAAUAGGGCAGCAGCCUGUCAAUGCAUCCCGGAAUACUUUGGAGAUCCUUAUGUGGCAUGCAGACCCGAAUGUGUUGUAAACUCAGAUUGUCCCUCUGAUAAAGCAUGCCAGAGAAACAAGUGUAUUGAUCCUUGCCCGGGUACAUGUGGUAUCAAUGCACAGUGUACUGUCAGAAACCACUUAGCAAUGUGCUCUUGUAUCCCAGGGUAUGAAGGGGAUCCCUUCAUGUCCUGUAGAUUUAGACCCAAAACUGAGGCUGCUAUUGCUGAAGAUCCCUGUAAUCCAAAUCCUUGUGGACCUUAUUCUAACCCUCCAAGAAGUUUAGGAGUUGAAUGCAAAUGCUCCUGUUUACCUGAAAUGACAGGAACACCACCAAAUUGCAGACCUGAAUGCACAGUUAAUCAAGACUGUUCCACUGAUAAAGCAUGCCAACUGCAAAAGUGUGCUGAUCCUUGCUUUGGUCUUUGUGGUAUAAAUGCAUUUUGCAGAGUCCAAAACCAUAUUCCCAUUUGCGUUUGCAACAAGAACUUUUAUGGUGAUCCCUUCUUACAGUGUCAAAGAAUAACAACUACAACCAGACCAGAAGUCAUAGAACCAUGUAAUCCCUCUCCUUGUGGAAUAAAUGCUAUUUGCCAAUCCAAUACUAGAGCAGCUUCCUGUUCAUGUAUUCCAGACUACAUUGGAAACCCCUAUAUUGAAUGUAAACCAGAGUGUGUUGUCAAUACUGAAUGCCCAAGAGACCUUGCAUGCAUUGGCCAGAAGUGUAAAGAUCCUUGUCCUGGAGUUUGUGGAGUAUUUGCUUCUUGUUUUGUGACAAAUCAUUUGCCUUUAUGCAAAUGUGAUCAAGGAUACACUGGGGAUGCUUUUGUCUCCUGUCAAAGAAUAACAACAUUACCUCCAAGGAUUACUGAAUCAAUUGACCCAUGUACACCAUCUCCUUGCGGAGAAAAUGCACUUUGCAAUACCAGGAACAGGGCAGCAGCAUGCACAUGCAUUCCUGGUUACUUUGGAGAUCCUUAUGUUGCUUGCAGACCAGAAUGUACUAUCAACUCAGAAUGUCCUGCUACUGAAGCAUGCAGGAACUACAAAUGUACAGAUCCAUGCCCAGGUCUAUGCGGAACCAAUGCAGUCUGCAGAGUUGUUAACCAUAUAGCAACAUGUUCAUGUAACCAAGGAUUUGUAGGAGAUCCCUUUGUUUCAUGUCAGUUUAUACCACCAACUUUUGCUCCUGUUGUGGUUGAAGAUCCAUGCAAUCCUAACCCUUGUGGACCAAACAGUACCCCCCCAAGAUCCAACGGAGAUACUUGUCAAUGCACUUGCCAACCUCAAAUGAUUGGGUCUCCGCCAAACUGUAGACCUGAAUGUGUCAUCAAUAAUGAAUGUUCGUCAGAUAAAGCCUGCAUAAACAGGAAAUGUGAAGACCCAUGUCCAGGAUUAUGUGGAAGCAAUGCUUAUUGUAAUGUGCGUAAUCACAUUCCAAUAUGUAUUUGUAAUAGAGGAUUUAAUGGAGAUCCCUUUUAUCAAUGCAACAGAGUUGAAACCACAACAUCUCAACCUGAGAUCAUAAACCCCUGCAACCCCUCUCCUUGUGGCGUAAAUGCAGAGUGUAGGCAACAAAACUUGGCUGCAGCUUGUAUAUGUCUGCCUGGGCUUCAAGGAAACCCAUAUAUUGAAUGUAAACCAGAGUGCACAUUAAACACAGAAUGUCAAGAUCACCUUGCAUGUGUUCAACAGAAAUGUGUUGACCCAUGUCCAGGAGUAUGUGGUCAGAAUGCUAGAUGUAAAUUACAAUUCCACAAUCCAACAUGCAUCUGUGAUUUUGGGUUUUAUGGAGAUCCAUUUUCUUCUUGUGUCAGAACUACAACCCCUCCUGCGGUUACUCGUCCUGUGGAUCCCUGCAAUCCAUCCCCUUGUGGAUCCAAUGCUAUUUGUUCAGAAAGAAACCAUGCAGCAGCAUGUCAAUGCAUCCCAGAAUACUUUGGAGAUCCUUAUGUAGCAUGUAGACCUGAAUGUGUUGUAAACUCAGAUUGCCCCUCUGACAAAGCAUGUCAAAGGAACAAAUGUAUUGAUCCUUGUCCUGGCACAUGUGGUAUUAAUGCUGCAUGUAGAAUUCUAAAUCAUAUUCCCACUUGUUCUUGUAUUGAAGGGUACAUUGGAGAUCCAUUCACUUCCUGUAGACUAGUACCUAUUCCUAUAGAGCCUGUUGUAGCUGAAGAUCCUUGCAUCCCGAAUCCUUGUGGAUCUUAUACAACACCACCUAGAAAUAUUGGGGGUAGAUGUGACUGCAUGUGCCUGCCACAAAUGAUUGGCUCACCACCAAACUGUAGACCUGAAUGUCAAUUCAAUGCAGAUUGUCCUUUGGAAAAAACCUGUUCCCAGAACAGAUGUAAUGAUCCCUGUCCUGGAUUAUGUGGUUUCAAUGCAGUCUGUAAGGUUCGAAACCAUGUCCCAAUCUGCAUAUGUAAUCCAGGAUAUGAGGGAGACCCUUUUUCACAGUGUUCUCUUAUUACAACAACUUCUAGACCAGUAGAGGUUUACUAUCCUUGCUCCCCCUCUCCUUGUGGGGUCAACGCAGAUUGUACGGAAAGAAAUGGAGCUGCUUCAUGCAUUUGUAGGCUAGACUAUAUAGGGAAUCCUUAUAUUGAAUGCAAACCAGAAUGUAUUUCCAACUCUGAAUGUCCUAGAAACCUAGCAUGUGUGAAUGAAAAAUGCAGGGAUCCCUGCCCCGGGAUAUGUGGAGCAUUUUCAUCAUGCUCUGUACAAAAUCAUGCACCUUCAUGUAGUUGUGAUCCAGGUUAUACUGGAAAUGCAUUUAUAGCAUGCCAGAGGGUAACAACACCCAUUAUACCAACCCAAAGGCCAGAUCCAUGUAAUCCAUCUCCAUGUGGAUUGAAUGCCUUAUGCUCUGAUAGAAAUGGAGCAGCAGCAUGCACAUGCAUUGAAGAAUAUUUUGGGGAUCCAUAUGUAGCAUGCAGACCUGAAUGUACCAUCAAUGCAGAUUGUCCCUCUGACAAAGCAUGCCAAAGGAAUAAAUGCGUAGAUCCAUGUCCUGGAUUAUGUGGAGUUAAUGCUGAAUGCAGAGUUAUCAACCAUAUUCCUACCUGCACCUGUAUUGAAGGAUAUGAAGGGGACCCAUUCUCAAACUGUAGACUUCGGCCGAUACCCAUAGAGCCAGUAGUAGAAGAAGAUCCAUGUGAACCAAAUCCCUGUGGACCAAAUUCACAAUUUCCACAACGGCAAGGGGAUGAGUGUAAAUGUGCAUGUUUGCCAGACAUGAAAGGGUUUCCUCCCAACUGCAGACCAGAGUGCAUUAUCAACUCGGAUUGUCAAUCUGAUCAAGCCUGCACCAAUAGAAAAUGUCAAGACCCAUGCCCAGGGCUGUGUGGAAUCAAUGCUAUUUGUAGAGUAAGGAAUCACAUUCCAAUCUGUGUUUGUAAUAGAAAUUACAAUGGGGACCCAUUUACACAGUGUGACCCAGAAAGAACAACCCCUGCUAGACCUGAAAUCAUUGAUCCAUGUCGCCCAUCCCCUUGUGGUGUCAAUGCAGAAUGUAGGGAGAGAAACCAAGCUGCUGCUUGUACUUGCCUACCAGGACUUUUUGGAAACCCCUACAUUGAAUGUAAACCUGAAUGUACCAUAAACCAAGAAUGUGCCUCAAACCUUGCUUGUAUGCAGAAUAAGUGCGCAGAUCCAUGUCCGGGAGUAUGUGGUAUUCAAGCUACUUGCGAAGUUAACAACCACUAUCCUAUUUGUAAAUGCAAUCCUGGAUACACUGGAGAUCCUUUCACUUCCUGCUCACUUAAAACCACCCCACCACCGGUUGUAACAGAAGUAGUUGAUCCCUGCAAUCCAUCUCCUUGUGGAUCAAAUGCAGUCUGCCAGAAUAGAAAUCGUGCAGCAGCUUGUCAAUGUAUACCUGAGUACUUUGGAGAUCCUUAUGUUGCAUGCAGACCUGAAUGUGUUGUAAACUCAGAAUGUCCUCUAAACAAAGCAUGUCAGAGAAACAAAUGCAUUGAUCCAUGUCCAGGUGUUUGUGGUAUCAAUGCUCAAUGUGAUGUUAGAAACCACAUUCCAACCUGUAUUUGCUUUGAUAGCUAUAUAGGGGAUCCAUUUACAGAGUGCAGACUCAGACCUCAAAUUAUUGAAGCAAUUGAAGCAGAUGAUCCAUGUGAGCCUAAUCCUUGUGGACAGUAUAGUAAUCCUCCAAGAGUUAAUGGAGAUAGAUGUGAUUGUUCCUGCCGACCUGGUAUGCUUGGAUUGCCUCCGAACUGUCAUCCAGAAUGUACUCUAAACUCAGAUUGUCCUGAUGACAAGGCUUGUCAAAAUCAGAAGUGUAUUGAUCCCUGUCCUGGGGUUUGUGGUGUUAAUGCUAACUGUCGAGUAAGAAAUCAUAUACCAAUCUGUGCAUGUAACAGAAACUACAUUGGUGAUCCAUUUUCUACUUGUAAUCCUACCACAACAACUCAGAGACCAAUACAGAUAAUUCAACCUUGUAAUCCAUCGCCAUGUGGUAUAAAUGCAGACUGUACAGAGAGAAACCAGGCAGCAUCCUGUAAAUGCAUAAGGGAUUAUACUGGAAACCCUUAUGUUGAAUGUAAACCAGAGUGUAUCAGUAACCAAGAGUGUCCCAGUAAUCUGGCAUGUGUAAACCAGCACUGUUUGGACCCUUGCCCUGGUGUUUGUGGAGCUCAUGCAUCCUGCUUUGUUACAAACCAUUCUCCUCAAUGCAAAUGUGACCCAGGCUUUGAGGGAAAUGCGUUCUAUUCAUGUCAAAGAAUUACCACACCUCCACCACAAAUAACACAGAGACCAGAUCCUUGUAACCCAUCUCCAUGUGGAUCUAAUGCUCUAUGCUCUGAUAGAAAUGGAGCAGCAGCAUGCACAUGCAUUGAAGAAUAUUUUGGGGAUCCAUAUGUAGCAUGCAGACCUGAAUGUACCAUCAAUGCAGAUUGUCCAUCAGACAAAGCAUGCCAAAGGAAUAAAUGCAUAGAUCCAUGUCCUGGAUUAUGUGGAAUCAAUGCUGAAUGCAGAGUUAUCAACCAUAUACCUACCUGUACCUGCAUUGAAGGAUAUAUAGGAGACCCAUUCUCUAACUGUAGACUUCAGCCAAUACCUAUUGAACCUGUGAUUGAUGAGCGAGAUCCUUGUGAUCCAAACCCUUGUGGCCCAAACUCAUAUCCCCCACAAACAAUCAACGGUGACUGUAAAUGUUCUUGUCUGCCUGAAAUGACUGGAUCUCCCCCUAACUGUAGACCUGAAUGCUUUAUAAACUCAGAUUGUCCGUCAGACAAAGCUUGUAUAAGCAGGAAGUGUCAAGACCCAUGCCCUGGUCUCUGUGGAGUGAAUGCUUACUGCAAUGUUCGAAUCCAUGUCCCAAUCUGUAUAUGUAACCAAGGAUAUAUUGGGGACCCAUUCUCUAGUUGUAACUUACCACCUUCAACAUUGCCAAAUGUGAUAGACCCUUGUUCCCCAAGCCCUUGUGGAACAAAUGCUGUAUGCACAGAGAGAAAUUUAGCUGCAGCUUGUACUUGUCUCCCUGAAAUGUUUGGAAACCCCUACAUUGAAUGUAAACCUGAAUGUACCAUAAACCAAGAAUGUGCCUCAAACCUUGCUUGUAUUCAGAACAAGUGCGCUGAUCCAUGUCCUGGAGUAUGCGGUAUUCAAGCUACAUGUGAAGUACGUAAUCACUAUCCAAAUUGUCAAUGUAAUCCUGGUUAUGAAGGGAAUCCUUUCUCAGCCUGCUACCCAAAAACAACAUUACCGCCAAAACUAGAAGUAAUUGAUCCUUGCAAUCCAACACCAUGUGGAUCUAAUGCAGUUUGCCAGAACAGAAACCGUGCAGCAGCUUGUCAAUGCAUCCCAGAAUACUUUGGAGAUCCUUAUGUAGCAUGUAGACCUGAAUGUGUUGUAAACUCAGAUUGUCCCUCUGAUAAAGCAUGCCAGAGGAACAAGUGUAUUGAUCCUUGCCCGGGUACAUGUGGUAUUAAUGCACUAUGCACUGUAAGAAAUCAUAUCCCAACCUGUACCUGUUUCCAAGGGUAUUUAGGGGAUCCAUUUGUUGAGUGUAGACAACCUCCUCUAAUUAUAGAACCAGUAGUAGAAGAAGACCCAUGUAAUCCUAACCCAUGUGGACCUAAUACUCUUCCGCCAAGACUGAAUGGAGAUAGAUGCGAUUGCUCUUGUCUACCAUUAAUGAUAGGUUCUCCUCCUAACUGCAGGCCUGAAUGUGUGCACAACCAAGACUGUCCAACAGAUAAGACAUGCAGACAGCAAAAAUGUGUUGAUCCUUGUCCUGGUCUAUGUGGACUUAAUGCUUACUGCAGUGUUAGAAACCAUGUUCCCAUCUGUAUUUGCAACCAAGGAUAUACUGGAAACCCAUUUGAAAGCUGUCAACGACCAACAACUACCAACCGACCAAUUGAGAUUGUACAGCCAUGCAAUCCUUCACCCUGUGGACGUAAUGCUGAAUGUUCUGAGCAACGAGGGGCAGCAUCUUGUUCUUGCAUUAGUGACUAUAUUGGAAAUCCUUAUAUUGAAUGUAAACCAGAGUGCACUGUCAAUGCUGAAUGCCCUAGGGACCAAGCCUGUCUAAACCAGCAUUGUGUGGACCCUUGUCCAGGAGUUUGUGGAGCGUUUGCAUCUUGUCAUGUGACCAAUCAUCUCCCAACAUGCAAAUGUGACCCUGGAUAUUUUGGAGAUGCUUUUGUGGCAUGUCAGAGAAUCACCACACAAGCAACACCUACUGAAAUUGUUGAUCCCUGCAACCCUACUCCCUGUGGAUCCAAUGCAAUUUGUUCUGACAGAAACCGUGCAGCUGCUUGCCAGUGUAUUCCUGAGUACUUUGGCGAUCCAUAUGUUGCAUGCAGACCUGAAUGUACUACCAACCCAGAAUGUCCUUCUGACAAAACAUGUCAGAACAUGAAAUGUAUUGACCCAUGUCCUGGUUUGUGUGGUGUAAAUGCAGAGUGUAGAGUAGUAAACCAUAGAGCUACCUGCAGUUGUUUUCCUGGAUAUACUGGAGACCCCUUUACUGCUUGCAGGCUUCCUCCUCAAAUUAUUGAACCAAUAGUUGCCGAAGAUGAUCCUUGUGAUCCUAAUCCUUGUGGACCCAACAGCAGUCCACCAAGGAACUAUGGAGGUCAAUGUCAAUGCUCAUGUCUACCAGAGAUGAUAGGUUCUCCUCCCAACUGUAGACCUGAAUGUGUAAUUAACUCUGAUUGUCCAUCUGACAAAGCAUGUAUAAAUAGGAAAUGCCAAGAUCCAUGCCCUGGUCUUUGUGGCAUCAAUGCCAGAUGUGAAGUCAGAAAUCAUCUACCCCUCUGUAUCUGUUUGAAUGGAUACAUUGGGGAUCCAUUUUUUCAGUGUAACAGACCUAUAACCACUACACCAAGACCUGAGAUAAUCAAUCCCUGCCAGCCCUCUCCUUGUGGAAUUAAUGCAGAGUGUCAGGAAAGAAAUGGCGCUGCUUCCUGCACAUGUCUACCUGAAAUGUUUGGAAAUCCAUACAUAGAAUGCAAACCAGAGUGUUCAAUAAAUCCAGAAUGCUCGGAUGAUAAAGCUUGUGUCAGAAACAAGUGUGUUGAUCCUUGUCCCGGAGUAUGUGGAACAUAUGCAUCUUGUAGAACAAUUUCACACCAGCCAAGAUGUACAUGUGAUCCUGGAUAUGAAGGAGACCCUUUCAGAUAUUGUACUAGGAUCACUACAGCAUUCAUACCUGUGGAAGUAGUUGACCCAUGCAAUCCAACACCUUGUGGAUCUAAUGCAGUUUGCCAGAACAGAAACCGUGCAGCAGCUUGUCAAUGCAUCCCAGAAUACUUUGGAGAUCCUUAUGUAGCAUGCAGACCUGAAUGUGUUGUAAACUCAGAUUGUCCCUCUGAUAAAGCAUGCCAGAGGAACAAGUGUAUUGAUCCAUGCCCGGGUACAUGUGGUAUCAAUGCUGAAUGCCGGGUAUUGAAUCAUGUACCAUCUUGCACUUGCAUUGUAGGAUAUAUAGGAGAUCCAUUUAGUGCAUGUAGACAACCUCCCCUGAUUGUUGAACCUGUCGUUGAGGAAGAUCCUUGCAAUCCAAAUCCAUGUGGAGCAAACAGCAAUCCACCAAGACAAAUUGGAGACAGAUGUGACUGUUCUUGUCUACCAGAAAUGAUAGGUUCUCCUCCCAACUGUAGACCUGAAUGUGUGGUUAACUCUGAUUGUCCAUCAGACAAAGCAUGCAUAAAUAGGAAGUGUCAAGACCCAUGCCCUGGUCUCUGUGGCAUCAAUGCCAAUUGCAAUGUUAGAAAUCAUGUUCCAAUCUGUAUUUGCAUCCCUGGAUAUGUUGGGGACCCUUUCUCACAGUGCAAUAGACCUUUGACCACUCCUCGGCCUAUUGAAGUUGUUCAACCUUGUAAUCCAAGCCCGUGUGGUAUAAAUGCAGAGUGCACUGAUAGAGGAUUAGCUGCAUCUUGCAGUUGUAUAAGGGAUUAUAUAGGAAAUCCAUAUGUGGAAUGCAAACCAGAGUGCACUGUCAACUCUGAAUGUCCAAGGGAUAAGGCAUGCAUAAACAAUAAGUGUGGAGAUCCAUGUCCAGGGGUUUGCGGUGCACAUGCUACAUGCUAUGUGACCAACCAUGUUCCAAUGUGUAAAUGUGACCCAGGGUACACUGGAGAUGGUUUUAUUUCUUGUAGGAUUAUAACAACACUCCCACCCCGCCAGCCAGAGGUAGUUGACCCUUGUAAUCCUUCCCCUUGUGGAAGCAAUGCCAACUGUCAAGCAAGAGGUACAGCAGCUGCCUGCCAAUGCAUACCAGAAUAUUUUGGAGAUCCCUAUGUUGCUUGCAGACCGGAAUGUACCACAAAUGCUGAAUGUCCAUCUGACAAGGCAUGUCAAAACCAGAAAUGUGUAGAUCCAUGCCCUGCAGCCAAUUGUGGAAUAAAUGCGAAGUGCUCAGUUGUCAAUCAUAUUCCAAACUGUGUCUGUGAUCCAGGAUAUAUUGGAGAUCCUUUCCAAGCAUGUAGACUUCCUCCCUUACCAAUUGAACCUGAUAUUGCGGAAGAAGAUCCUUGCGUUCCAAAUCCAUGUGGACCCAAUAGCAGUCCACCGAGGAACUAUGGAGGACAAUGUCAAUGCUCUUGCCUACCAGAGAUGAUAGGUUCUCCUCCCAACUGUAGACCUGAAUGUGUUGUAAAUUCUGAUUGUCCAUCAGAGAAAGCAUGCAUAAAUAGGAAGUGCCAAGAUCCAUGCCCUGGUCUCUGUGGAGUAAAUGCCUACUGCAAUGUUCGAAACCAUGUUCCAAUCUGUAUUUGUAAUCAAGGAUACAUAGGGGAUCCAUUUUCUCAAUGCUACAGACCUACAACCACUACACCAAGACCAGAGAUUAUCAAUCCAUGCCAGCCCUCUCCUUGCGGAACAAAUGCAGAAUGUCAGGAAAGAAAUGGAGCCGCUUCAUGUAGAUGUCUUCCAGAAUUAUUUGGUGAUCCAUACGUGGAGUGUAAACCAGAAUGUACUAUCAACCCUGAUUGUGCCUAUACUCUUGCAUGUGUAAGAAACAAGUGCAUAGACCCAUGUCCUGGAAUAUGUGGAAGUCAUGCAACCUGCUCCGUACAGAAUCAUUCUCCUAUAUGUACUUGUGAUCCUGGUUAUGUUGGUGACCCAUUUACAUCUUGCUAUAUUAGACCAACAGCUCCACCUCCUUUAGAAAUAAUAGAUCCAUGCAACCCUACACCAUGCGGAUCAAAUGCAGUAUGCUCUGAUAGGAACCGAGCAGCGGCAUGUCAGUGUAUUCCUGAAUAUUUUGGAGAUCCGUAUGUAGCAUGCAGACCGGAAUGUGUUAUAAAUGCUGACUGUCCAACCAACAAGCAGUGCAGAAACAUGAAGUGUGUUGACCCUUGUCCUGGACUAUGUGGAUCUAAUGCCUACUGCCAAGUUGCUAAUCAUAUUCCUAUAUGUGUUUGUAACCAAGGCUAUAUUGGAGAUCCUUUUGUUUCCUGUAGAAAAGAACCUUUGCCCAUUGAGCCAGUAGUUGAGGAAGAUCCUUGCUAUCCAAACCCUUGCGGACCCAACAGUAAUCCACCCAGACAAAUUGGAGACAGAUGUGACUGUUCUUGUCUACCAGAGAUGAUAGGUUCUCCUCCCAACUGUAGACCUGAAUGUGUGGUCAAUUCUGAUUGUCCAUCAGACAAAGCAUGCAUAAAUAGGAAAUGUCAAGACCCAUGCCCUGGUCUUUGUGGAGUAAAUGCUUACUGUCGGGUGCGAAAUCAUGUUCCAAUCUGUGUUUGCAAUCAAGGAUACAUUGGGGAUCCUUUCUCUAGUUGUAACUUGCCACCCAGUACCAUUUUACCAGUGGAGGUAGCUCAACCCUGUAAUCCUUCACCCUGCGGAAUUAAUGCCCUCUGUAAUGAUAUCAGCGGAGCCACUAGUUGCACUUGUAUUCGAGACUACACAGGAAACCCCUAUAUUGAAUGUAAACCGGAAUGUGUUGUUAAUGCUGAAUGCCCACGACAUUUAGCGUGUGUAAACCAGCAUUGUGUUGAUCCAUGCCCAGGUGUUUGUGGAGUUUAUGCCACAUGCUCGGUACAGAACCAUUUCCCAGUUUGCCGGUGCGAUCCUGGAUAUGAAGGAAAUGCAUUUGUUGCAUGUAGUCGUUUUACAACGCCUCUUGCACCCACAGAAGUUAUAGAUCCUUGCAACCCCACACCAUGUGGAGAGAAUGCAAUCUGCACUGAUAGACAAAGGGCUGCAGCAUGUCAGUGCAUCCCAGAGUAUUUUGGAGAUCCAUAUGUGGCAUGCCGGCCAGAAUGCACAAUUAAUGCAGAUUGUCCAAGCACAAAAGCAUGUCAGAAUUUGCAUUGUGUGGAUCCAUGUCCCGGAGUAUGCGGGAUAAAUGCUGAAUGCCGAGUUAUCAACCAUAUACCAUCUUGCACUUGCAUCCCAGGAUACAGAGGAGAUCCAUUCACAGCAUGCUCUAGCAUACCAUCUACCGUUGAACCAAUUAUUGCUGAAGUGGAUCCGUGCAAUCCAAACCCUUGCGGACCCAACAGUAAUCCACCCAGACAAAUUGGAGACAGAUGUGACUGUUCUUGUCUACCAGAGAUGAUAGGUUCUCCUCCCAACUGUAGACCUGAAUGUGUGAUUAACUCUGAUUGUCCAUCAGACAAAGCAUGCAUAAAUAGGAAGUGUCAAGACCCAUGCCCUGGUCUCUGUGGAGUAAAUGCCUACUGCAAUGUUAGAAACCAUGUCCCGAUUUGUAUUUGUAAUCAAGGAUAUAUUGGGGACCCAUUCUCAAACUGUUAUACACCACCAACCACCACAUUCCGACCUGUUGACCCAUGUCGACCCUCUCCUUGCGGCAUAAAUGCGGAGUGUUCUGACCGGAAUGGUGCAGCAGCUUGUACCUGUCUACCUGGGCUCCAGGGUAACCCGUAUGUUGAAUGCAAACCUGAAUGCUCCAUCAACCCAGACUGUCCCACUACCCUGGCCUGUGUACAGAAUAAGUGUAUUGACCCCUGCCCGGGUGUGUGUGGGGUAGGGGCAUCAUGUACCGUACAGACCCAUCGUCCGAACUGCAGAUGUGAUCCAGGACUUAUAGGAAAUCCAUUCUCAGCAUGUUACCCUCCACCCACAACUCCUCCCCCACCCAGAGAUCCUUGCAAUCCGAACCCAUGUGGAGCCAACGCUGACCCAGCUGUACGAGGAAAUCGGUGUGAGUGUACCUGUAGACCAGAGUUCUUCGGAGAUCCCUACUCCGGGUGUAAACCAGAGUGUGUGGUUAACUCGGAUUGUACAAUGGACAAAGCUUGCUCCAGGAACAAGUGCAUAGAUCCAUGCCCUGGAGUUUGUGGGUUUAAUGCUGAAUGCCGUGUGUUGACCCAUAGUCCUGUUUGUACCUGUCUUCCCAAUUAUGUUGGUGACCCAUUUAGAGGAUGUUCCUUGGAACCUGAGCCAGUCAUAUCAGAUCCAUGUGUACCCAACCCUUGCGGUGCAGGAGCAAUCACUAGACGAGUGGGAGAUGAUUGUGAGUGUACCUGUCCUCCAGAAUAUAGGGGAGAUCCCUAUGUUGAAUGUAAGCCGGAAUGUGUAAUCAACUCUGAUUGUCCUGACACUAUGGCCUGUAGGAACCUACACUGUUACGAUCCCUGCCCUGGGGUUUGUGGAAGAAAUGCUGUUUGUGAGGUACGCCGACAUUCUCCCGUCUGUUCCUGUCUUCCCGGAUACAUUGGGAAUGCACUGGUUGAAUGCACCCAGCCGCCUAGACCAGAUCCAGUGGUUGUGGAUCCUUGUAACCCUAAUCCUUGUGGAAUCAAUGCUAUAGCAAGACCAUCAGGCUCCUAUUGCCAAUGUACCUGUCCGUCUGGGCUCCAAGGAGAUCCAUACUCAGAAUGCCGACCAGAGUGUACUAUUGAUAGUGACUGCUCUACCACUCUAGCAUGUAUUGAGCAGAAGUGUAAAGAUCCAUGUGUCUACAACAACCAGUGUGGAAUAAAUGCUAUCUGUGAAGUACGAAACCACCGGGCAAACUGCAUCUGUCCACCGGGCUAUGAAGGAAAUGCAUAUCAACUUUGCACUCCUAUUCGAGAACCACCUAAGCCGGAAUGUGUCACUGAUCCUGAAUGUCCACUGCACCUUGCAUGCAUAGGACAAAAAUGCAGGGAUCCUUGUAUACCAGAGCAAUGUGCUGCUACAGCCAUUUGUAGAGUCAAUAACCAUAGAGCUGUGUGUGUUUGCCCUCCAGGACUUGAAGGCGAUCCAUACAGAGCAUGUAUUGAACCUGGAUGCAAGAGUGACUUUGAGUGUCCACUCACCCAAGCAUGCAUACAAAAGGAAUGCCAAAACCCAUGCAUUUAUGAACAAUGCGGGAUUGAAGCAAUAUGCGAGGUUCGAACACAUCAGGCAAAAUGCGUUUGUCCACCAAGCUACCUUGGAGAUCCAUACCAAGUAUGUAGGAAACCUGAAUGUAUAGUAGAUGACGACUGCCCUCAAGUUCUUGCUUGUGAGAAUGAGAAGUGCGUAGAUCCAUGUGCUUGCGCUGUCAACGCCAACUGUAUUGUUCGAAGUCACAGAGCUAGAUGUCAAUGCAUCACAUCAUACAUAGGAGAUCCUUACAACACAGGCUGCUAUCCUGUUCCCGAACCAGAUAUUGCUGAACCUGAAUGCCGAGUGGACAGUGAUUGUCCAAGUCGACUAGCAUGCUUAAACGAGCACUGUCAAAACCCCUGCACUACACUUAGCCCUUGUGGCGUGAAUGCUGAAUGCACUGUUCAAAACACCCUGCCACAGCGAACCAUGAUCUGCAUGUGUUUAGCAGGAUAUGUCGGAGAUGCGAAUACUUUGUGCAGUCUACCCCCAGUGCCAGUACUAGGAUGUAAAUCUAACAACGAGUGCGGGAACGACGAGAUAUGUCGUGAAGGAAACUGUGUUAACCCCUGUAUAGUGGCGAACCCUUGUGCUACAACAGCCAACUGCGAGGUUAACACGCAUAGGUUGACCUGCACCUGUCCUAGCGGAACUACAGGGGACCCUUUCACUAACUGCUAUGCAAUUCUACCCCGGCCUCCUCGACGCUGUAAAGUAAGCGGAGAUUGUAGUAACCCUGAUGCCUGCAUUCUAACCCUCUGUACUAACCCCUGCUUUACAAACAACCCUUGCGAUCAGACAGCUGUGUGUAAACCGUACAAUCGUACAGCAUACUGCUAUUGUACUGCAGGGUUGGUAGGAGAUCCGUACCAGCUGUGCUUCAAACCAAUUGAACCAAGACCUGAGUGUACAGAAGACCCUGAGUGCCCAGAUUCCCAAGCCUGUAUUAAUCAACGUUGCAUUGAUCCAUGCAUUGUACAGAACCCUUGUGCAAGAGAUGCUAUCUGUACAACACAUGUACAUCAUCCAGUGUGUACAUGCGCGGAAGGAUAUGGAGGAGACCCGUACACACAAUGUUACAGACCUGAAUGCCGCGUUGACAAUGAUUGUCCUCUGGAUAAAACUUGCAUUCAAGAGCAUUGUGUGAACCCCUGUACCUCCACUCAGACCCCCUGUGGAAGAGGAGCAGAGUGUCGUGUUGACUUCCACCAGGCUCGCUGUGUCUGUCCUGUAGGACUACAAGGGAAUCCUCUAGUUGCCUGUAUCAGUGUAGAAUGUCAAGUUGAUCAGGAUUGUCGAGAUGAUCAAGCUUGUGAGUUCCUCAGUCAAACUUGUGUACCUGUUUGUAAACAAGAUACAUGUACACAGGAUGCUACAUGUACACCUGCUAACCAUCAACCUCAGUGUACAUGUAAUCCGGGAGCAAGAGGAAGUGGAUUCGUCGCCUGUAUUAGACCUCCUGAGGUUGUAGAAGCUGAAUGUAAGGUUGAUGACGACUGUCCACCCCGCUAUGCUUGUAUCCAAGCACAAUGCACAGAUCCCUGCCUAUCCCAGCCCUGCCAUCCAACACAAACAUGUACCGUACAGAACAGUUCUCCCAUACGUACUGUCAUAUGUACAUGUCCAGAAGACACGUUUAUUGGACCAAACGGUGAUUGUAAACCCAAAGUUACUCCCAGACCUAGCUGUUUAUCAGAUAAUGAUUGUCCGGAUUCACAUAAAUGUUUGGAUGGAUCAUGUCGGGAUGCAUGUUUAGUGGAUCCCUGUGGAUCAAAUGCCAUUUGCAAAUCCAGGUUGCAUGCAUCUAGUUGCACUUGUCCUAUAGGAUACACUGGCAACCCUAAAGUACAAUGCCUGAAAAUUACCCCUGACCUGGUUGAGCCCCUGGAGCCCGGGUGUAGGGAUAACUCAGAGUGUCCUGAUUACAACGCCUGUAUAAAUAGGCAGUGCUUGAAUCCAUGUGCUGUCACUGAUCCAUGUGCAACUAAUGCGUACUGCAAGGUUCAGAAUCAUGAACCGGUUUGUACAUGUCCUCCAGGGUACAUAGGAGAUCCAAGAGUUUCAUGUACACCACCUGUUCCUGUGCUAGUGGGUUGUCAAUCAGAUGAUGAAUGUCCACAAACUGAGGCCUGUAACAACAGGGAUUGUGUUGACCCCUGCAGCUGUGGAGUAAAUGCCCAAUGUUUUGUGUCCAACCACAAACCAACCUGUUUCUGCCCACCAGGGUUCACUGGGAACCCAGAGAUCAAAUGUGUACCAGUUGGAUGCCGAAGUGAUCCUGAAUGCCCCAACACUGAAGUUUGCAUCAUUUCUAACAACGGGAUUGGUGACUGUGUUGAUGCUUGUGUUGUAAACAACCCCUGCGCCAGCAAUGCCAUAUGCUACUCCACUAACCAUCAAGCAGCUUGUAAAUGUCCUCCAGGUCUGGAAGGAGAUCCGUACAAGCAGUGUAUACGGGUAGAAUGUAGAAUCAAUGAUGAUUGCUCCCAGGAUUCUGCAUGUAUCUCAAACCGGUGCGUUAAUCCAUGCUUGUACGAGAACCCAUGUGCUCCCUCAGCCACAUGUACAGUACAAAACCAUAUAGCCAAAUGUACAUGCCCGCCAGGCUGGGUUGGAAAUCCACUAGUCUCCUGCUCACCCAAAGAGUCUCCAUCUGUUCCAGAUCCUGAACCAGAAUGCAGAGUAGAUGGAGAUUGUCCUGAUAACACUGCCUGUCUCAACGAGAGAUGUGAGAACCCUUGCAUUGCCCUCUCACCCUGUGACGUCACUGCCAUUUGUUCAGUAGUAAACAGUCUCCCCUUCAGAACUAUGAUCUGUUCCUGUAGAGAAGGCUGGGUACCUGACACUGAUACCAGUUGUAGACCAGUAGACCUACCAGCUCCAUCAGGCUGCUCUAGAAAUGAUGACUGUCCCAAUGGCCAGGCGUGCAUUAACAGAAAAUGCAUGGAUCCUUGUGAUUGCGGAUCGAAUGCUCAAUGCUUUGUGGAAGGUCAUCGCCCAGUCUGUAGAUGUCCUCCUGGAUUUGUUGGAAACCCUCUAAUAGCCUGUGAACCUGUUGGAUGCCAAAAUGAUAAUGAAUGUAGAGAUGGAGAGGCCUGCAUUAGUAGAGAAUGUGUCAAUCCAUGUCUUGUCCAAGAUCCUUGUGGACGAUUUGCUGAAUGCUAUCCAGCUAGACACAAAGCCAAUUGUCAGUGCAUCCCAGGCUAUGAAGGUGAUCCAUUUGUAUCUUGUGAAGUUAUAGGAUGUCGCCAAGAUCCAGAAUGUCCCCAAGACAAGGCAUGUCGCAACAAGGACUGUAUAAACCCAUGCUUGUAUGAAAAUCCUUGUGCAAGAAAUGCUGAUUGCUUGGUAGCUAAUCAUAAACCGGAAUGCAGAUGCCCCAUUGGAUUUACUGGUAGCCCAUUUAUUGCCUGUGUACCAAUACCAACACCUGAAUGUGUGGAGGACAAAGACUGUCCUUCAAGGCAUGGCUGUAUUGACAAUAAGUGCGAACUUCUCUGUGAAACUCGAGCUCCUUGCACACAUCCAUCAGUUUGUUCUGUCAUUGACUCUUUCCCUGUUCGAACCAUGGUCUGUACCUGUCCUGAUGGAUAUGUAAGUGAUGACAACUCAAGUUGUAAGACCUUAACUCCCAUCUUGGCAGGAUGCUCAACAGAUGAUGAAUGCGGGCAACCAGACGCCUGUGUCAACAAGAUCUGCAAAGACCCAUGUGCUUGUGGUGAUCAUGCAUUCUGCCGAGUCAUCAGUCAUAAGCCUGUUUGCACUUGUGAGGAUGGAUAUGAGGGUAAUCCUGAUGUUGCCUGUAUUCAGAUAGAAUGCAGAUUAGAUGAUGACUGCUUAGAUUCUCAUGCCUGUAGAAAUGAGAAGUGUAGACCUGUUUGCGGUCCAGGAAAUGCUCCCUGUGGGGGAGAAGCUAUCUGUACUGCUACUAACCAUGAAGCUGUCUGUUCAUGUCCUCCAGGUCUCAAGGGAGAUCCUAAAGUCACAUGUUUUGCAGUUGAUUGCACAUCUGAUAUUGACUGUCCUGGAGAUAAGGCUUGCUACAAUGGACUGUGUGUAGACCCUUGUUCUAUAACCAAUCCCUGUUCUGAGCCUGCAGAGUGUACGGUGGCAGAUCAUAAACCAAACUGUGAAUGCCCACCAGGAUUUGAGGGCACUAAGGGAACAGCUUGCAGCAGAGUGGAUAUUGGAUGUAGGUCAGAUUCUGAAUGUCCAAGCCAAACAGCCUGCAUCAAUCAAGAGUGCAUAAAUCCAUGUGCUGUGGCAGAUCCAUGUGGAGAAAAUGCUAAGUGCACGGUAUUGGAUACACUCCCAGUUCGAACUAUGGUCUGUAUCUGUAUCACAGGAUACCAAGGAAAUGCGGCAAUACGUUGUACUCCAGUACCAACUUGUCCUCCUGGCCGAGGUCUGAUCCUGAAUGCUGCGGAUGAGUGUGUUUGUCCUCCAGGACACUAUUUAGACAACCAAGGGAACUGUGUCCGAUGUCCUGUAGAACUUGGAUUUGUCCUGAAUGGAGGACGUUGUCUCUGUGACUCCAGCAAGGGAUUAGUUCCCUCUGAGGACGGUAAAGCUUGCAUCUGUCCACCUGGAAUGGAGUUAGGACCUGGAGGAAUCUGUGUGCCUAUUCUUGAAUGUGUGAUAGAUGAUGAUUGUUCCAACAUCAAGUAUUGUGAGCUGAAUAAUAACACUUGUGGAGAUCCUUGUGUAAGAUGGCCAUGUGGAGUUAAUGCCUACGGUACCCCACUAGAUCAUAGGUGCGUGUGCAAGUGUAUAGAAGGAUAUAUUGGUAACCCUGUGGAUGGUUGUGUACCUGUACCAAUCAAACCUCCGACCAAAACUGAUUUCCCCAGACCAGAUCUAACCGUGAACUGCUUGUCUGAUGGUGUCCUAGUUGAUAUAAACCUGAGAGACAAGAACUUUAACGGAGUAAUGUACGUGAAGGGACAUAGCAAUGAUGAGCGCUGUAGACAAGCAAUAGAUGUUCAACAGACUGGAAUAGAUAAUAUUGAUUUCAAGGUGCAAUUCGGCACAUGUGGACUCUUCCAUAAUGAUGUUUGA